AGUGGCACUGUAUUUUGUUUCCGUUUUGUUGUUAGUAAACGCACCGUCGGUUAUUGGUUUUAUUUCGAUUGUUUUACCCAGUGCACCUGUGUAUUCCCCAUCCCACAACCCGUGUUUCGUGCUUGUACGCACCAAGUGUGCAUGUAAACCAGUGUCGAGCUGCAUUCGCGAUCACGCCCCGCACAAUUUCCAUUCCACCACCCAAUCGGGUAGGGCUGUUCCAGAAUGUCCCGUUACAACCAAACGCAUGCAGGCUACGCACAGACCUUCAAGCUGGUCGUUGUGGGUGGAGGCGGUGUUGGCAAAUCCGCUAUCACCAUCCAAUUCAUUCAGAGCUACUUUGUGACUGACUAUGACCCUACGAUCGAGGAUUCCUAUACCAAACAAUGCGUCAUCGACGAUGUACCUGCAAAGCUCGAUAUUCUCGAUACGGCCGGCCAGGAAGAGUUCAGUGCGAUGCGCGAACAGUACAUGCGUUCCGGGGAAGGAUUCCUGUUGGUGUUUGCCGUAACCGAUCACGCCAGCUUUGACGAGAUAUACAAAUUCCACAAGCAAAUACUACGGGUGAAAGAUCGUGACGAGUUUCCAAUGCUGAUGGUGGGCAACAAAUCGGAUCUCGAUCACCAGCGUGUGGUAUCGCUGGAGGAGGCACAACAAUUAAGCCGGCAGCUAAAAAUCCCGUACAUCGAGUGUAGCGCGAAGCUGCGCAUUAACGUCGAUCAAGCGUUUCACGAGCUCGUGCGUGUUGUGCGAAAGUUUCAACUGUCUGAGCGGCCGUUGGUGGACGAAAAGGGCAAGCGAAAGAACAGGAAAAAGUGCUGCCUGCUGUAAUGUAGCGUGAAUGCCUGUUCCAUCUGUUUUUACUACCACCACCAUUUCCUCAUCACUGUACUAGCAGACUCACCCUAGGCUCCUGGCCAAGAAUCGUAAUCAAUGCAAUUAAUGCAUUUUCCGUAGUCAAUUCUUUUCAAUAAUGUGUGCGUACGAGAACUACGUGCGGAUCAAACAAACUCGUGCAAAAAUGCUAAACACUCGAAAAAACAGAACCCUCUCAUUAACCCAUGUUUUUAGCGUGUAAGCUACUAAAUCGUUAAAGUGCAUGGUCACGGAUAGGGAUGUUUUAAGUGCCAAAGUGCCCCACUUCCUGCUGUAAGCAGGAGCGUAAUAUAUUCAUUGUUUGUUGCGGAUGGCAUAUGGUGAAGUUAAGCGAACUACACACUUAAGCCGUGUAUUAACUGCCACCCUAACGUCUGGUAUUUGUUGGGUAUGCAUCUGCAUUCAAUUUUUAUUAAAAGCCUUAUUUUUUUCUUGCGUGUCUCAAAGCACCGUAAUUUUAUAAUAUUAACUAUUGGAACGAUCGCAACGAAAGCAAAACCAGUCGCCAUUGGACGUUGUGCCAUAACAGAGCAAUAAUCUGAAGUUUAAAUUAUUUAACGUAACGUACAACGUUUUGCACAAAUUUACACAAUGCAGCACAAGAGAUAUAUUUGCAACUUCGCAUGAUUUCAAUAUAUAUUACACCGUUGAUAAGGUUGUAAUGUAAAUUUAAUCCAAUUAUAAAACAAACACAGAUUUCUUAUUUUCUUUCUUUUUUGUUGAUCUGUUUUGAACGAAGGAUGUUUGUUCAAUUAAUUGUUUUAGGGAAAAAAGAAAUCGUAGCGCGAAUAAUUUGAACGAUUAGUAAUACUAGUGUUUUCAUGUUUUAAUAAGCAGCGUGUGAGUGUUUUUUACAGCACUAACUCCAAUGCAAAUGGAAAAGAGAAAGAGAGUCAAAAUAAACACAACAGAUAUCAAUGGCAAACACGCAUAUAUCAUCUACGAAUUUGAAGGCGUAAAUGCGUCACCUAUAUUUAAACGUAUCGAAAGACUUAUUCGUAGCUAACUAAGUGUUGAACAUUUUGCGACGGAAACGUGGUCGUGGACGAGCUUCAUAUCUAGGCAGUUAGAACAUAUACGACGGUUGAAACAUGUUUUAGUGUAGAAUAGUAUGCGUAACCAAGCGUUAAACGGAACAGAAGAAAAGGGGACGUUAGAUUCCGCACUGCAGCAAAGCGUUCUGCCCGAUCGGUACUGCUGAUACGCUCCCUGCUGUCUGUAGCAGGAAUCGCAGUUGUAACAACUGGUAGGUGAAUAAUGAUAACAAUCGUGUAACAUUCGCGUAACUACAGCCAACAGAAACAAGUGUCUAAUUAACCAAAAUAAUAACGAAAACGUUAAUGAUUAGCUUUAUGUGUGCUUCGACAAAUGUUGCGACAAAUGAAACCUUCGGUGUACCGAGAGAGCAAGGGGCGAGAAGAUGGAGCAAAACAGUACGUUCAUAUUUUAUCCACAGUGCGGUCGCACGGGUAUAGCUUUGCAUCGUAAUGUGUUUACACAUUAAUUUAAUCUCUUAUUUAGCUAGGAGAGAGAGAGAAAAAAACAGAACAAAUCAAAUCGGUUCGGUGCUAUAUUUCCUUCCGCUAAACACCACUUUUCCUUUAUAAAAGAAUUUCUACGUAACCAGUGAUCAUAAUACGAACUUUAUGUUUUACUUUGUAACGUUUCGGCUUUUUUGUUUUAGUGUAUCAUUUGUCGAACUCUUUGUUAAUCAAAUAUAUUUACCGGAUUUUAAUCUACUAAUGUUAUA